AUGAGAUCCACGAAAAAACAUUCUACAACACAUGGAGAGAAUUAAUUUAAAUUAUCAGUUGGAUAGAUAAUAGCAUAGAAAUUUAAGUUAUUAGAUAAAGUUGGUUAAGGGAGUUUUGGUAUGAUUUUUAAGACAGAGAAUUUGGAGACAGGAGAUAUAUUUGCAACAAAAUUUGAAAAGAGAGAGGAGAAUUAAAAUGGAAUGAGUUUGUUAGUGAGAGAAAUAAAAGUAUUGAUAGAGGUUUAAGAAUUUGAAGGUAAUAUAAAAAUUGAUAAAGGUUUUCCAUAGAUUGUAUUUUAUGGUAGAGAUGAACAUUACAAUUAUUUUAUGCAAACAUAUUUAGGUUAGAAUUUAGAACAUCUUUUGAAGAGGAGUAAUUAUAAAUUUAGUUUGUGUACAGUAUGUAGAAUAGGAUUGAAUUUAAUAGAUAGAUUGAAAUAAUUGCAUUCAAAGAAUUUAAUUCAUAGAGAUUUAAAACCAGAUAACAUAUGUAUAGGAUAUGAGGAUGUUGAUUAAAUAUAUUUAAUUGAUUUUGGUUUAGCAAAGUAUUAUAGAGAUUAGAAGGGAAUUCAUAUACCAUAAAUAGAUAAAAAAGGAAUAAUAGGAACAGCAAGAUAUGCUAGUUUGACUGCUCAUUUAGGUAUAACAUUAUGAAUAUGAAAUCAAAGCUAAGGAAUAAUCCCGUAAAGAUGAUAUAGAGAGUUUGGGAUAUGUAUUAGUCUACUUAGCUAAAGGGAAAUUACCAUGGAUGAAUUUAAAUACAAAUACAAAAUCAGAGAAGUAUUAGAAAAUAAAAGAGUUUAAACAAUAAUUGACAUUGGACAAGCUUUGCGAAGGAUUGCCAAAAGUUUAACCUAAUUAUCAUCAUUUAAGUGUUUCUUGAAUUUAUUCAUCUAUGCACGUGGACUAGACUUUUAAGCUGAGCCAGAUUAUACAUUCCUUAAAGAAUUGUUUUAGAAAUAAUUACAAUAAGAAUUGCAAUCUUAAAAAGGUGUGGCCACUUUAGAAUAUGAAUGGUAGCGAUAUCCAGAAAUUAAGAAACGUAAAUCUAAAUUAUAAAUUAAUUAACUAAAAUUUAAAAUAGGUAAUAAUAAUCUUUUUAUAUUUAGAAAAAAUUGUUCAAUAAGGUGUAGAUUCUGAUCUUCACAAAAAUAGUGAGGAUAAACUUUAAGAUCAUAAAGCAGGCUCAUUUUUGAAUUUACCACUUAAAGAUUAAUAAAUUGAUUCUUUAUCACCUGAUAUUUUAAAUAAAUAAAGCAGAGUAUUUUAUUAUUAAUAAUAUUUUAGAAUAUCAGUUAAAAUAUCUCUAGUUUUGGAACUAGUUAGAUUAAUAAUUAUUAAAUCAGUUAAAUUGAUAAAUUUAAGAGAUUUACAACUGAUAGAAAAGAAUAAAGAAAUAAUACUGUUGAUAAUUAAUAAAAAGAAAGGGAAACCAGUCCAAAUUAAAAGAUUUUUAUUAAACAAACUACAACUAAAACAGAAAGAAAAAUGGCAUUUUUCGAAAUUGAUAAUGAUUAUAGAGAUUAUGAUCAUAUUGAUUAGAUUGCCAGUGAAGAAGUUAAAAUUGUAUUUUCCAAUAUUAUUCCUAAUCUUCGACGUCAUAAAUCUACAUUAGAUCUCUGA